AUGGCCAUGCAAGACCUUGCCCCCGAGAUCAUGGUACACAUCUACGAAUCCUUAUCUUCUGUCUCCGACAUCAUCAAUCUAUCCCUCACAUGUCGCUAUUUUCACGAACUCCUUCCUAAAUCGCAGAAACUAGUCCUGUUCUUCAGCGCUCUAGAUAAAGAGAUGGGCCCAUUGGACGAUAUAUUGCAACUCCAGACUCAGAACGAUAAUCAAAUACUUCAUGUUCGGCGCACACCGCCGCUGUCUUUUGCUCUACUCACGCAAGCCGCGAUAGUUGGUCGCGUGGCGGAGCGCUUCGUUGGGCUGUUCCCGACCUUUCGAUGGACCGACGCAGAGAGCACGUCCCGUCGAUUUCUGGACGACGUGGAGGCCAGACGUCUACGCCGUGCGGCUUACAGGCUCUGGAGCUAUACACAAGCCUUUCAUGUUCGAUCCAGCGGCCGGAUGCUACGUUUCGAUACGACAAUUGCCACGGAACGGCUCCAAUUGCUCAGAACGUGGUCAACUGAGGAGCUGUACGAGCUUGAAGAUCUGCGUUGCACGUUGGAGCAGAUUCUCGCGACGGAGAUUUGUCCGACCGAUGGCGAGGUCUGGUCCAGGAUGACUGAGCAGGCCAGGCAUUCGCACAUGCCGCUGUCCUUCCUGCAUCCCUUUAAUAGUGGCUUCGCGGGUCACACUGCGUCGUUCAAUGACAUGUUCCACAGCUCGCACGAAGUUAUGGCUCUGGAAAAGACGAAGCCGUCUGUGCAAGAAUUGCGGCACAAACACAUGUCGGGAUGGGGCAGUGAUUUGCAGACUUUCUAUCUGGUGCAGUCGUUCUUGAAGUUUUCGCCGGCUCAGCUUUUGUGGCUAUACGACAAUGCAGUGUCGAAAGCAGAUGUGGAGAAGUUCAUUGAGGCGCAAACUCAUGAUCCAUGUUUCUUUGAGCGCGGGUCCAUGCUGUUCCAUGACUGGGUGGCGGUGUUGCAUGACCGAGGCGUGGAUGUGCAGCAGGCACGCGAGGCCAUCUGGGCUGGAAGGGCAGGAAUCGUGUUGGAUGGUGUGGACAAGGACAUGCGAGACCAUAGAUAG